UAUAUACGUGUGUGUAUGUGUGAGUGUGUGUGUGAAUGUGUGUAUGAAACAGCCUGUAUCCCAGAGUCAAGGCUACAGAGGGAAACUGAGACAGAUAGCAUCUGGCACAGAGAUUAUCCUUCGCUAUGAGUGAGUUCAGAGCAAACAGUGAACUUCCGUCUCCAAACCAAACCUCCAGGAAUGAGCAGAAAGACAAAGCCGAGAGCUCUGAGAAGGUGGAAGAAGAAAUUGACAUUGACCUCAAUGCUCCAGAGACAGAGAAAGCAGCCUUGGCCAUUCAAAACAAGUUCCGCCGGUUCCAAAAGAGGAAACAGGACCCAAGCCCUUGAGAACUAUGCACCAACCUCAGACCUUUACACUGCCCAAUAUAACCCAUACUGUAUGGCAGCUCACAUGUCCACCCGCUCCCCUGUGUAGGCCAUGGAUGCAACUGGGACUGCAUUCCUACUGUCCCCUACACCCAUCAUCAUCCUUUAAGAUAUAAUGAAUGCUUUUUCCUUAAUAGGGUCACAGCCUCUGCUGACCCUGCCUCACCUACGUAUAGCUCAUCUGUAGAUACAUUCUUAGCUUGAUGAUACCUAUACUGUAAAGUAGAUAACAAAUAAACACAUUUUUUAACUAAAAAUGACAUUUUUAGGCUAUGAUAGAUCCCAUCUUCAGGCAUGUUAUGGCGGCAGUUGCUGCUGCAUAAAAAUAAUUUCACCAUUAUAAUAUCUAAUGUCAUCCAGUCCAUGUUGUGAUUCUUUCAUCCCAUAUCACAUAUCAUACCCAUAAGCAGGAUGGAAUUCUUACCUCUAAUCUCAACAACAAUGGAAUUUUAUUUAUUAUUUCUAUUUAUAUACUUAUUAGGGACCAUAUUAGGGAGCAUUCUUUAAAAAAAAAAAAAAAAAGCCAAAUAAUAUUUAGCAGUCAUCAGAUGCCAGAAUGCCAACAUUUUGCAGUUUUAAACAUCACUUUUUAAUGGUAGUGAAAGCACUAAAACCUAAUUUCAUAUAAAAAAAAAUGCAGAAUAAUUAAUUGGUAAAAUUAUAUUUUAAUAACUAAUAAUAAAUAAAUGUAAAGUAAUCAAAACCUUAUGUUGCAUAGAUUUUAAUGCAAGGGUUUAACCCCUUGACUGCCAGGACAUUGGAUAGCUUUUGACAACCAAGGGGUUUAUUGAUUUAUUGGUACCAGCUACCACAAAAAAAUAUUGCAUAUUACAAAACAUAUGACUAUUUAUUACUAAUACUAAUUUAUUCCAGAUAUAAUUUAAGCAUUGAUUCCUUUUGGUACAAAAAAUAUUCAUAUUAUGCAAGUAUAAAUAAUAUAUAAGUGGUCUAGGUUUAACUUGGGCUAACACUCAUGUUUUUAUAUGUACUAUUAGCUGGUUUCCACUUGUUUUAUGAUAUUGGAGGUUACUACAUGGAAAUUCACUGAAUGCGCAAUGGGUUUCUAGCAAUGCUGUUUUACCUCCAUCUAGUGGAUGCCUCAUGUAACAACACUAGCAAAAAUGAAAGCACACAAUGCAUUGCAGUACCCUAUGGAGACAAAAGGUCAAAGUGGUCACCUGUAGCAUUGCUAUAGUUUUUAGAGCUGCAAUGUCAUCAAAGAUAGACAUUUAAAAUGGAAAUAAGAUACUAUUUUUUCACAGCUUCAGAUAUAUUUAUGAAAUUACGGUCAAUCCAAUGGAGGACACAGGGUUGUGUAAUCUUCUUGGAAUUGCUGUCCAUCCAUGUCCCAUUCCUAUCCUUUCAAAUCAUGGAUGAUUCUUUUGGAAUAUUUAUUCUCUUGGAAUCUUUUAGCAUGUUUAAAUAAUAAAAUGAUAUAAAAGUACAA